UCAGCCGGAAGUGGAGCAUAGUAAGCGUUCUGCUUGUUUAGCUAGUGUGCUGUUAGCCUUCGUUGCCGAAAUGCCAGACUUAGCGGUGGAGAAUGUGGUGGUUCACCCGCUUGUGUUACUCAGCGUGGUAGAUCACUUUAACAGGAUAGGAAAAGUUGGAAAUCAGAAGCGAGUGGUAGGUGUCCUCCUGGGAUCAUGGCACAAAAAAGUUCUUGAUGUCUCCAAUAGUUUUGCUGUGCCAUUUGAUGAAGAUGACAAGGAUGACUCUGUGUGGUUCCUGGAUCAUGAUUACCUGGAGAACAUGUAUGGCAUGUUUAAAAAAGUCAACGCCCGAGAAAGGAUAGUUGGGUGGUAUCACACAGGACCCAAGCUCCAUAAAAAUGACAUUGCCAUUAAUGAGCUCAUCAAGCGGUACUGCACCAACUCGGUUUUAGUCAUCAUAGAUGUGAAGCCUAAAGAUCUUGGACUGCCCACAGAAGCAUACAUUUCAGUGGAGGAAAUACAUGAUGAUGGCACCCCCACCUCUAAGACAUUUGAGCAUGUCACCAGUGAAAUUGGAGCUGAAGAAGCAGAAGAAGUGGGAGUGGAGCAUUUAUUGAGGGACAUCAAAGACACCACAGUGGGCACUCUGUCUCAACGCAUUACAAACCAGGUUCACGGUUUGAAGGGGCUCAACUCAAAGUUGCUGGACAUCCGCUCUUACCUUGAACGAGUGGCUGCUGGCAAACUUCCAAUCAACCAUCAGAUCAUCUACCAGCUGCAGGACGUCUUCAAUCUGCUGCCAGAUGUAAACCUACUGGAAUUCACUAAAGCCUUUUACCUGAAGACCAAUGACCAGAUGCUGGUAGUCUACCUGGCCUCACUCAUUCGCUCCGUGGUGGCACUUCACAACCUGAUCAACAACAAGAUUUCCAACAGAGACGCAGAAAAGAAGGAAGGGCAGGAAAAGGAAGAAGGGAAGAAAGAGAAGAAAGAUGACAAAGAGAAAAAAGAGGAAAAAGAUAAAGACAAGGAGAAAGACAAAGCAGAUGGUGCCAAAAAAGAUGAGAAGAAGAAAAAAUGAGCGCUCGUCCCCUGUGGUCUUCUCUCAGAUCACACCAUCGUCAGCAGGAUGGCGUUCUACUUUUUCCCCUCUGUAUGUGGGUCUGAGACUAAAAGUAGGACUCUAAAUGGGGAAUUGUGUCAUUUGAGAUUUGGCCUCCUGAUAACAACUUGACACUCAAAGACUGCUAUUAUCGUGUAAGGAUUACGUUUGCUCUCCAGUGUUCUGAGCUGUGAGAACAUGUGUAUGCUGUUUUCAUAGUUACCAAGCUCCUGGUGUUUUCCAACCUGAGUUUGGCUGUUUGUAAAAUGGAGUAAUGAUGAUAUUGUUUCUGUAUCACUCAUUAAAACGGGAACCCAGUAAAAGGUU